AGUCCCCACCACCACCUCCACACCCCCCUUUUACCUUUCACUCAACAACCCACCUCCUCCUCAAAACCAUAAAAUAUUAUACAUUCCCAUACACUCCCUCCCCCAUUUUCCCUUCACUUUUCUCAUUUUCCUCCUCCCCAAACACUCCUUUUCUUUUUCACUUCUGCCCCCCAAGUUUUGGUUUCUUUAUUUUGAAAGCUUAAGCUCCCUCCUCUUCUUUCAACCAAACCCUUAUAUUCUCACUCACUUUUUUCUUUAACUUUACCAACUUUCAUAGCUUCAAAAUCAAGAAAAUAUUGUUUAUCAAUGAUUCUUGAACUUUGCUUUUUAUCUUAUUAACCUUACCUUAUCAAGAAAAUCAAGAAUAUUUGUUUAGCAAUGAUUCUUGAAUUUUUUUUUCUAUCUUAACCUUAUCAAGAAAAUAAAUCAAGAAACACAAAAAAAACCAACUUUCUUGAAUCUUGGUUCUUGUUUUAUUGGUUUCUUGAUCAAGAAAAUGCCACCAGACACCGACGACGGCGUUCACUACUCAUUUGCUUUAGAAUACACCGGCCCACCGUUGGCCUACGCGCUCCCACGCGCUGUUCCGAUCAACGUUAGUAAAAUCCCGGUGGCUGCAGUGGUUUCUCACCUCUCUAUAGAUAAACUAUCUUUACCUGUAGUAAAACCGUUGUUACCACCACCCUCUGAUCCAGGUAAAAAAAGUAACAGUCUUGCUAAAGAAUCAGGAUCUGAGGAGCUUACUGCAACGGUUUCUCCAACUUCAGUAAUUGAAAGGGCUGCUGAGACUAGUCAUCAUCUUCAAGACUGUGGACUGUCUGGUGAGUUGAGUAGUUCAGGUGCUUUAGAUUAUUCUAAUGGUUUUAGGGUGCUUAAUGGAGCUAGAAGUUGUUGUAGUACUAUAGAGUUUUCUGAUAGUUUUGAUAUUAAGUCUAGGGAGAGUUCGUCAAGAUUGAGAAUUUCUAAUGAGUUGAAUCAAGAUUGGGAGUCUAAUGAGUCUGUUUUGAGCAUUGAUCAGUACCCGUCUUCGCGGGUUUCUAGCGUUAAGGAGCACGGAUGUAAUGAGGUGAAUGUGGAUUGUAAAAGACCCCAAAUUGUUACUUUUGUUGAUGUUGAAUCAGAUAGUGAUGUUUGUUUUGCUGGUGAGGUUGAUGAUGAUGAAGAGUUUGAUGAGGAGAAGGAAAAGACUCCUCGGCGGGUUAAACGAGAGCCACAGAGUAAAGGGAAGAAAGGGACUUGCUAUAGGUGUUUUAAAGGGAAUAGGUUUACUGAGAAGGAAGUUUGUACUGUUUGUGAUGCUAAAUAUUGUUGUAAUUGUGUGCUUAGAGCUAUGGGGUCAAUGCCUGAAGGUAGGAAAUGUGUUAGUUGUAUUGGGUAUCCUAUUGAUGAAUCAAAACGAGGUAGUUUAGGGAAAUGUUCGAGAAUGCUUAAGCGUUUGUUGAAUGAUUUGGAAGUUAGACAGGUGAUGAAGGCUGAGAAAUUGUGCGAGGCUAAUCAGUUGCCCCCGGAGUAUGUUUAUGUGAACGGGAUUGCUCUUUGCCACGAGGAGUUAGUUAUUCUCCAGACUUGUCCAUGUCCACCGAAGAAGCUGAAACCUGGAAACUAUUGGUAUGAUAAAGUGUCUGGUCUUUGGGGAAAGGAAGGGCAGAAGCCUUCGCUGAUCAUAAGCGCUCAUUUGAAUGUUGGUGGUCCUAUUGAUGCGAAUGCUAGCAACGGAAACACACAAGUUUACAUAAAUGGCCGGGAGAUAACAAAAGUAGAGCUUAGAAUGUUGCAGCUAGCAGGAGUCCAGUGUGCAGGCAACCCUCAUUUUUGGGUCAAUGAGGAUGGGUCAUACCAAGAAGAGGGGCAAAAGAACACUAAAGGUUACAUUUGGGGCAAGCCGGGAAUGAAGCUCGUUUGCUCUUUCUUAGCACUCCCUGUUCCGUCUAAAUCUUCAAAUUUUUCGGGAGAACAAGUUAACAGUAAUAUUAGCAGAAGCGUCCCAGACUACCUUGAGCAGAGAACGCUUCUGAAGAUACUUUUAGUUGGAUACAGUGGCUCUGGGACCAGUACUAUCUUUAAGCAGGCCAAGAUUCUUUAUAAACCUGUCCCUUUCACGGAGGAUGAGCGGGAAAAUAUUAAAUUAACUAUCCAGAGCAAUGUGUAUGGUUAUCUUGGUAUACUCCUUGAAGGACGUGACCGGUUUGAAGAAGAAAGUUUGGCUGUAACAGAGAAAGAUCAAUCUUCAAAUGACCCAAGUGGAAGUACCAGCAGCAUUGAUGGUGCAACGAUUUACUCAAUUGGACCAAGGCUUAAAGAAUUCUCAGAUUGGCUUUUGAAGGUUAUGGUGUCGGGAAAUUUGGAAGUAAUAUUUCCAGCUGCCACUCGGGAAUAUGCACCAUUGGUUGAAGAGCUCUGGAGGGAUCCGGCAAUUAAGGCCACAUACCACCGGAGAAAUGAACUAGAAAUGCUACCUAGUGUUGCUAGUUAUUUCUUAGAAAGGGCUGUUGACAUAUUGAGACCAGAUUAUGAACCAUCAGACUUGGAUAUCCUAUAUGCUGAGGGUGUUACUUCAUCAAAUGGGCUUGCUUGUUUGGACUUCUCUUAUCCCCAGUCAGCAUCUGAUGAUAAGUUCGAGACAGAUGAUCAACAUGAUUCUUUGCUCAGAUACCAACUGAUCAGAGUGCAUGCUCGGGGUUUUGGAGAAAACUGCAAGUGGCUUGAGAUGUUUGAAGAUGUUGGGAUGGUCAUUUUCUGUGUUUCGCUGAGUGACUACGACCAGUAUGCAAUUGAUGGCAAUGGGUGUUCGACCAACAAAAUGUUGCUGAGCAUGAGAUUCUUUGAGAGCAUCAUCACCCAUCCUGCCUUUGAACAAAUGGAUUUUCUUUUGAUUCUAAACAAAUUUGAUCUGUUCGAGGAAAAGGUAGAGCGAGUGCCAUUGACUCGGUGUGAAUGGUUUGACGAUUUUCAUCCCAUGGUCAGCCGUCAUAGAUCCAACAAGAACAGCAAUAGUAUCAAUAGCAGCCCUUCACUUGGUCAGUUGGGUUUCCACUAUAUAGCUGUCAAGUUCAAGAGGCUUUACGCGUCCCUCACUGGAAAGAAGUUGUAUGUCUCUAUGGUAAAGGGGCUCGAGCCAGACAGUGUCGACGCAUCUCUAAAAUAUGCGAGGGAGAUUUUGAAAUGGGACGAAGAAAGGCCUAACUUUAGCCUGAGUGAGUAUUCAUUUUACAGUACGGAAGCAAGCUCGUAUUCCCCUUAAAUCGGGCAUAUAUUGAGGAACCCUUGUAUAUGGUUCAUGUAUCUGACAACAUCGGCGCCGCUGUAGUGUAUAUAAUCAGCCUGUAAAUUAAAUAGUGGUAAUAUGUUAAUUUUAUGCUGCUAUAGUUUGUUUACACUUGGGAACAUACAUUAGCUUUCCUUGCGAUACACGAAAUGAAUCUGUUGUGUUUCUUUUGGUUUAUUUUCUACUGAGUGAAGCUAUUCUAUCACCGAAAAGGGAUUCAAACAUUCAUUUGUAAUAUAAAUAUUACAUUUGAUCCAGUUACCAGUAAUUUUUUAUCUUUUUUCA